AUGGAUGUCUACGUUACCCAAAUCCUUGCGGAGUUGCACUACCUCAUUGAUGAGGAGGGUGGCAUUCCGUCGCCAAAGCGCGCAGCCGCACUUCUAGGUGAGCCAGGUGUUGAGGCAGGCUGCGGAGAAGUGGCCGCACAAGCUGGCAUUGACCGCCGGUACCGUGCACUGCUGACACAGCUGGCUGCAGUGAGUCCAAAUCACUCGCGGCGUGCUUUCCGUGUACUCGCAGAGCUGGCAGAUGCCGCAGCGCGUCCGCCAACCACAUCGCUUUGGAUUCCCAGCGGCGAUCGAUCAGUCAGUGUAUCAAGAGCUCUGGGCUUCCGCGAUCUGAAGCGACAGAGGCCGCUGGUCGGUCUGGAGCUUUCUGCGGAGAUUGUGCGGUUGAAAGAUGGGCCGCAGUUCCUGACAAUACUAUCAGAUGGCGCUCGUGGUCUCAGCCAGCAGCGCCUGGCACAGGUGGCAGCGGUUCACUUUUGCCGACCGAAGGCCGCAUCAAUGCGUAUUGCCUCGGAUGCAGCCUCUUCGGCACCAGGAGAAGCAGUCGGCGUGCUCACUGUGGCAUUGCAGGUUGGUGCCGAAACAGAAGGCACUGCUGCUGAUGCCAAGGGACCUGAGGCAAAAAAGCGAAAGGUGGAACAUGUUACUCCCGGUGGCAAGCGCAAAGUUCGCGUUGCAUCGUUGCUUCUAAAAUAUGCUGGAGUCAGUGAAGCUGAUUCUUAUGCGCGGCGCAAACCUCCCGCAAGUCGAUCGCAGGCGGAUGCAGAAAAAGAGCUUUUACAGGUCCUUGAAGCUUUGAACCAGGAUCCCAAGCCUGGAGAAGCCAAGGAUCUUGGCCUCCGAUUCGCAGCCAAAUGCGAGAAGUUGUCUGACUGCAAGUCAGCGACUAACAAGCCUCAUGCAGAUCUUGGCUGGGUCCUGGAAGGUCAGUUUGGCAAGGACUUCGAUGCGGUGGCCUUCGAUUUGGACGUUGGUGGGUUGAGCGACAUUUUCACGACGACAAGAGGGGUCCAAAUCAUGUACAGACUCGCGUGA